CGGCAAACAACGCGAGCGAACGCAUGCAUUUCUCCUCGCCGUCGCGUCGGAUCCACGUCUAUUUUUCCCUCUGACAUCAUCAAACACCCAGCGGAUCGCGUCCAAAUCUCCAGUGUGUGUGCGUGUGUGGGGUCUGGGGUUCUCUGUUUUCCUUCAUUUUUUUGUGUGUGUGUGUGUGUUUCUUUCCUGUGGAACCUCAACGAGCUUAUCGAGAGCCGCAUUCAACGCUUUUUUAUUCCGCCCGCCGUCAGUCGCUAAGCGUAAUGCGUACAAGCCGGCGCCGCUGCGCAGUCGCCGAGGAAGUGCCGAAAGUUGGGAGGAUCUGUCACGGUCGCCAGGACUCGAUAGGAGCAGCGAGCAGCGAAAGCGAUCAGUGAUUCUUUAAAGACUGCCAAGAACACAUAUAUAUAUUAAAUAUACAUUCCGCACUUCCGACGCCAAGCAAUCAUGUAUUCGGCGGUCCGCACCCACGACUACGACUAUCCCGAAUCGGAGAUGGACGAGCGGGAGAGCCUGUAUUUCGAUACCAUCUCCCUGGCGGACUCGGAGGCGGCCGCUGCUGCGGCGGCUCAUCGCAAGUCGCUGUCGCAGUCGAGGAACACCAUUUAUCACUCGGCGGUGGAUCUGGCCGGCGAUGAGGGUCGCAGCGGCAGUAGCCUGCGUCUGGGUAGCGGCGCCGCUGCCGAGCAUGCGGCGCUGGCCUGGCAACCGGGCUAUCGCCAGUCGACGGCGCUGGAGCACCUCAACGGAGGAGGAGGAGGGGAUCACACGGAUGCUGCCCUGACCGCCCAGAUCCUAGCCCUGCAGAAUGGACGCGGCCACCUGCCCACAGGCAUUGGGGUCAGCGGAUCAGGCGGCGGAUUAGGCGGAGGAGGUGGUGACGAUGAGGUCUCUAGACGUCUGUUAAGAAAUAGUAGCACCGUUUCUAAUAAAGAUAAGAAAUUGCCAAUAACAUACUCCCAGUGGAAAUCGAGGACAUACAGGCGCUUUGACGAUGGCAAAAGGAGCGUGGACUUCGUGCUGGCCUACAAUGGCGAGGACCAGGUGGAGGAGCAUCGUCGGAAACGUGAAAUCUUCGAAACGAACCUGCAGCGCGAAGGUCUACAGCUGGAGCAUAACAAGGUGCAGCGGGUGCACUUCAUCAAGAUUCAUGCCCCCGCCGAGGUGCUCUAUCGGUAUGCGGAGAUACUUAAGAUCAAGGUGCCGCUGAAGCCCAUACCCGGCCAGGAGCAGGUCUUUGCCGAAUCCGAGCACCAGUUCAAGUCCGUGGUGAGCCGCAUGUGUCGCAGCCUCUUUAGCUCUGUUCAGCUGAACACGGCCCUCUUCCCGGAGCGUGAGCCGCGCAUUCAUCUGGAGUUUUCCCGCAACUAUCUGGAGCUAUACGAUACCGAGCAUCCGAAUUUCUUUGAUGCCAGCACCCGCUAUUCCAUCAUCAACUUUAUACUCCAGCGACAGCAUUUUGUCGAGGGCGAGGAGUCGGCGGACAAUCUGGGCAUAGAGAAGCUGGUACAGGACAGCGUCUACACGUGCUCCUACACCCUGCAUGAUAAAGACGAUCGCGAUCGCCUGCUCAAGGAGUGGGCCAACAUCACCAAAUGGAAGAACCUGCAGCCGUUAGACCAAAUCAAAGACUACUUUGGCGCCAAGGUGGCCCUGUACUUUGCCUGGCUGGGCUUUUACACGCAAAUGCUGAUCCCCAUCAGUUUGUUUGGCGUGGCCUGCUUCCUCUAUGGCUUCAUAACGUGGAGCAGCGAUCCCAUUAGCCGGGACAUUUGCGAUGACAAUGGGACGAUCAUGUGUCCGCAGUGCGAUCGCAGCUGCGACUACUGGCGUCUGAACGAGACGUGUACGUCUUCCAAGUUCAACUAUCUGAUCGAUAACAAUAUGACCGUGGUGUUCGCCCUGGCAAUGGCCGUUUGGGCGGUGGCCUAUUUGGAGUUUUGGAAACGUUACUCGGCGGGCCUGGUGCACCGCUGGGGCCUCACCGGAUUCACACAUCACGUUGAGCAUCCGCGUCCCCAGUACUUGGCCAAAAUAUCACGUUCCAAACGGCUGGCCAACAGGAGGACGACGACAACGACAACGACGUUGCAGGGAAACCAUGAAGCCAAGCCAAAGGUUACCCUGGAUCCGGAUGUGCCUUUCUGGAGUAUCAAAUUCCUGCCCAACUUCACCAGCUACAGCAUCAUGGUAUUGUUUAUUUGCAUAUCAGUCAUCGCCAUUGCGGGGAUUAUCAUCUAUAGAAUGGCCCAGCGGGCCUCGCACAGCAUCCUGGGCAGUGAGAAUUCCAUGACAUUCAAGGUGAUGAUCCUGCCGAUGACGGCGGGAGUGAUUGAUCUGAUUGUCAUCUCGCUGCUGGAUCUGGUAUACUCGAACCUGGCGGUGCGUCUGACCAACUACGAGUACUGCCGCACCCAGACGGAGUACGACGAGAGUCUGACCAUCAAGAAUUAUGUGUUCCAGUUCGUCAACUACUAUUCCUCGCUCUUCUACAUAGCCUUCCUCAAGGGCAAGUUCGUUGGCUAUCCGGCCAAGUAUAAUCGCGUGCUUGGCUUCCGUCAGGAGGAAUGCAAUCCCGGUGGCUGCCUCAUGGAGCUCUGUAUGCAGCUGGUCAUCAUAAUGGCCGGCAAGCAGGUGGUGAAUGCCAUCGUUGAGAUGCUCAUACCCUACCUGAUGCGCACCCUCAAGGAGCUAAGCUACCGCCAUGGCUGGUACAAGAGCCACAAGGACAAUCGCCUGGUGCCGUACAAUCAAUUUACCGAGGACUACAAUCUCCUGCCCGCCGAGAGUAAUUCCCUGUAUGUGGAAUAUCUAGAGAUGGUUGUGCAGUUUGGCUUCAUUACCCUAUUUAGCUUGGCUUUUCCUCUGGCCCCGCUGCUGGCGCUGAUCAACAAUGUCGUUGAGGUGCGCCUGGAUGCCAUCAAAAUGCUGCGCUUCCUCCGCCGGCCGGUGGGCAUGCGAGCCCACGACAUUGGUGUCUGGCAUAAUAUCAUGACCGUGGUUACGCGGAUAGCCGUGGCAUCGAGCGCAAUGAUCAUAGCAUUUAGCUCUAAUUUAAUACCGAAAAUUGUUUAUGCCGCCUCCAUGGGGGAUCCGGAGCUGAACAACUAUUUGAACUUCACCCUAGCUGUGUUCAACACCAAAGACUUCCAGGUGGAGCCGCUCCUGGGUGGCAGUCAGUAUGUGAACGAGACGGUGUGCCGCUACACCGAGUUCCGAAACCCGCCGUGGCAUCCGCAGCCCUACAAGCGACCCAUGAUCUACUGGAAGAUACUGACGGGUCGAUUAGCCUUUAUAGUCAUAUACCAGAACAUCAUCACCAUGCUGCAGGGCAUCCUGCGUUGGGCCGUUCCGGAUGUUUCUGGACGCCUGCUGAAGCGCAUCAAGCGAGAAAACUUUCUGCUACGCGAACACAUCAUCGAAUACGAGCGGCAGCAGGUUCACAUCCAAGCAGCGACGACGCCGACGACGACGGCUACCCAGUUGAAGUCAGAGGAAGGCUCUGCUCUGCGCCAGCGACAACGCGAGACCGAUGACAACAACACCAACACAUCUUAUGUAUAGGAGGAGGGAGCCAGCUGUUUUGUUCCUUGGCUCCUUCGGCUCCUACAUGCCAUGUUUCUGUUUCGUACUUAACAUGAUUUGUGUGGAAAUGCUCAACGAAUAUAGAGGGAAAUGUGCAUCGAAUCGAAGCCCUCAAAGUCAAGCAAUCGCAUUUUUUUUAGAAAGAAAAAGGUUUUUAUAUAUUGUUACGAGAUGCAGGUGAGAGGAUCGAAUCACUGGCAUCCCCGUUAGCGUCGCUUUGACAGCACCCCGAAUAUACAGUUAUAGAUAUAUGUAUGAUAUGUAUUUGAAUAUUUUUACACGUCCAAAGUGCAUUAAAAAAAAAAAAAACAAAGGAGGAAAACAACGAGUAUUUAUAAUUUGUAACGGAAACUGUUGGUAGCUAUAUAUAUUUAUAUGUACGAUUAUUACCAGCUAACAACACGUAACACUAAGAAACAAUCCAAUAUGUACCUUACAAACUGUUACCCACACAACCGAAAAGCGAUACACACAAACAUAUGUACAAGCAGCAGCUCUCCUUCAAAUCCCUAGUUUGUUUUUUUUAUCCUAUUAUUAUUGUUGAUUAUUGCCAAGCGAGAGAGCGAGCGCAGUAUUUUUUUGAACAAUUCGUAAUGCUACUUACAUGUACAUACAAGUGAAUUGUUGUUUUGAUAAAAUAUAUUUAUACGAUAACAAUGAGGACUACGAUUACGAUAGAGAUUAAGGACAACGAAACGAAUUGUGUUGUGCGCUGCCUGUGUCUGUAUGUGAAUUAUUCAAUAAAUAAAGGAUUGAGCUCCAUUAAUGUCAAAA